AUGAAAUUGCAUGCAGAAUUCAAACAAGAAAGCAUAGACGACUUUUCCUAUAUUUUAAGGGGUCUCAAAGAAUUUUCCUCGUUUGCUAUAGAGAAUACUUUUCUUUGUUUUAAAUUUUCUGAAAAAUAUUUAUAUAUAUUUGGUAAUGAAAAGAAACAUGUGGAAAUAUUUAUAAAAAUUAGUAUGAACGAUUUAUUUUAUGAAAAUUUUAUUUUAAAAAGUAAUUCUAAUAAUGAAAUAAUUAUAUUAGUAUAUAUUUUUCAAAUAUAUGACAUUUUUAAGAAUAUUUCUAAAAAUACUAAAAUUACUGUUGAUUUAUUUGAAAAAAAUGGAAUAUGCAUACUACUAUUCAAACAUCAUUGUAACGUAACUGAUGCUUUUAAAAAGUAUGAGUGUGGUAUAGAGAUUAUUAACCCUUCAUUAACCAAAUUUCCAAAUAUAAAAAUGAACAAAUAUUCCUUAUAUAUUAAUUGCAAACUAAAGAAAUGCUGUAGAAUAUUAAACACGUAUUCUAAAUUCUAUUCAGAUAAAGUAGAGCUAAACUUUGAAAUUACCAAGAAAAAUUGUGAUCUUAUUUUUCUUAUGGAUUCUGUAACAACAAAAAAUACGACUACACUAAAAAAUAAUUAUGUUUUAAAAAAUGUUAUAAACAAAAAAAGGAAUUACGAAAAAAAAAACAAAAGUAAUGAAAACCCAGAUUUAAGAAAAGUUAUUUAUAUUAAAACCUUUACAAAAGCGUUAAAUAUACUUAAUGAAUGUAGAAAUAAUAAAGAUGAUGUUGGUAUAUUUAAAAUUAUUGUGCCAUAUAAUAAAUGUUGGUUUGCCUUAAAAUUAGGUCAAUUUGAAUCUUCAGGAAAUUGGAAAGUCCUUAUUGUUAUUACUGAUCUAAACCUGAACCUUUAA